AUGAACUUUAUUGAAGUCGCCGGCGGCCAUGGCUGGCUGUAUGAGGCAACUUUUGUUUGGAGCGCGGAGGCCGCCUUUCGCGCGUGGAUGCGCGAGGUGCUUUUUCCUAUCGCCGAGGGCAUCGACGCGAACGGUACACCUUUGACAGGACCGUCGCUGCACGCGCACGGGCCGGGCCAGUACGCCCUCCCGCACUCUCUCCAGUUCCUGGAGGAAGUUGUUCCUGUCGACGGGUCGCGUUGCGACCACCAUGUAAUUUUUAACGGCGAGCAGAUUGGGAUCACCACCAACUCAGACGUCUGGCAGCCGGCUGUCAAUGGGUACGCCAAUGGUCGGCGCAUAUCUGUGCGCACGCUACAACACGCUCACGCAAAUCUGUGGCACUUCUUCGCCCUGCUCGGGCGAAUUCACGUUCAGCACCCCCAGUGGAACCCCUUGAGGGUCCUGACGGCCGCUCUUCCCAGUCUCCCUACAAGGGAGAACCGGUAUACCUGGGCGCCCCUCAUCUACCCGGUCGUCAGCCCUUGGAACGUGUGA